AUGUCAGUGUCAGGGGGACUGGGAAAAUGCAGCAAAAUCCGCCACAUCGUGAGGCUAAGGCAAAUGCUGCGGCGGUGGCGGAACAAGGCCCGCAUGUCAGCACAUCGAACACCGUCAGAUGUACCUGCGGGACACGUGGCGAUCUGCGUGGGCACCAACUACAGGAGAUUUGUGGUGCGCGCGACGCACCUGAACCACCCCGUCUUCAAGAAGCUACUGGUUCAGGCGGAGGAAGAGUACGGAUUCUGUAACAAUGGUCCCCUGGUCAUUCCCUGCGACGAAGUCCUAUUCGAAGAGGUCCUCCGGUUUAUUUCACGGUCCGAGUCUCUCCACUCGACCCGGUUCAUAAACAUUGAGGACUUUCACAGGUACUGCCACGCUGGCAUCAGGAACAAUAUGGACUUCUGGCCCGAAUCUCGACCGCUACUUCAUGGCUUAACUGACAAAGCCGUUUGGUAG